GCUCUGGAGCGACCGAGCGGCAAUGCGGAGUCUACCUCUCUAAAACCCUAGUUCUGGUUUUCAAUGUAUUGUAGGCAAAUCUGACAAGAUUCUACUGCUUCUUCGAUAACGAACGAAGAAGUUUGUAUUAUUUUCUAAUUAACUGAAUUUUUUUUCAAUAAAUUAUUUGAAAAUUUGGGAACUUGUAUUAUGGCUGAAAAUAACGUUCAAAGUAAUUCAGUUAAAGAUCCUAGAAUAACCUGGGGAGGUUGCAGUGUGUUGCUUGACGUCAACAAUGGCGACCGUCUUGUUUUUUCUUGUCUUUCUGCCGGAGCAACCUUGAAGAUUGGGAAUAAGAACUGCUCUCUGCGGCCGUUGAUUGGUUGUCCCUUUGGUUCUCUAUUUCAAAUUGAUAAUGGAGAAGAAGGGCCCUAUUUAUCUCGAGUCCUUCCCUCCACCGAAGCAGAUGAUAACAAUAAACAAGAAAAUGGGGACUGUCAAGUACCAGAUGAGUCCAGAGAUAACCGGGAAAUCAUUGAUAAUAACAAAGCACAAAGUCUUACUGGUGACGACAUAGAUGAACUGCAGCGACAGGGUGCAAAAGGUGAUGAAAUAGUUGAAGCUCUCAUUGCCAACAGUGCAACAUUUGAGAAGAAGACAUUGUUUUCACAAGAAAAAUACAGGCUUAAGAAGCAAAAAAAAUAUGCACCUACAGUACUUCUGAGGCGGCCUAUUGCUUGUAGUAUAUGUGAGGCAUACUUCAAGAAGUAUCCAGACAGAAUAAGAUUCCUUCGAGUGGAUGCUUUAUCUCUUUUGCUUUCCAUGGCUAAUGAUUCUGCAAAUUCUGACGUCCUUGUUGUGGAUAUGGUUGGUGGACUUCUUACUGGUUCUGUGGCAGAGCGGUUAGGAGGUACAGGUUAUGUGUGCAAUACAUAUCUCGGGGAUACACCAUAUAGUAUGGAUAUAGUGAGGAUUUUCAACUUCUCUGAUGAAAUCUGCAAGAGGAUUGUUCGGUGUCCUCUAAGUGACUUCUCUUUAACACAGAAUGGAACUUCCGAGCAAAAUUAUGAACAAGCAGACCCAUGUAAUAUGGAGUUAAACGAAGAGAUCUCUUCAGCAGUCAGUGCAGAAGAAACUUCUCCAUCAUCUCAUCAGGAGGAUUCAGGACUUCUUCCUGAGAGUACUGUUUCUCCAGGGAGCAAAAUUGGCAAGGCCCCUAAAGCUGGUGAGCAGGCAUCCCAAGAAGUCAUUAAAACAUGGAAAGAGAAUGGAUUCUCUAGCGUAAUACUAGCAGCAUCAGACCUAGAUCCUUGGAAUUUGGUUAAAGAUAUCCUUCCUCUUCUAUCAUAUUCAGCUCCAUUUGCAAUCUAUCACCAGUAUCUUCAGCCUCUUGCUACCUGCAUGCAUAGUUUACAGGUUGGGAAACUGGCCAUUGGUUUACAAAUUUCAGAACCUUGGCUACGGGAAUAUCAGGUGCUUCCAUCAAGAAGUCAUCCAUGUAUGCAAAUGAAUGCAUUCGGUGGUAUCCUGAGCGGAAUAAAAAUAUGCAGCAGCUAACCGCUGCUCCAAGUUUGUGAAAGUCAUCAUUCCCUUGGACGCAUGUUUAUUUGUUUUUUUGCAGGCCAAAAUGCUUGCCUCCUGCCUAUGUACACCUAUGUACACCAGUCUUUAUUUCUGUGCACUAAAUUUUGCCCUCAUACAAACCCCUACCAGGGUUGUAAUCUUUAUUUAGAGAAUGUAAGCUGGAUUCCAACCUUAAUUGGCAGGCACAGUAAGUCCGAUAUAGGAAAUACAGGGCUUAAGGCUAAACUUUGGGUGAAA